AUACUAAACAAAAUCUAAGGAUUUGUAUACCGAUGAACCUGAAAAAAAUAGCAAAGCCAUGGCUGUGCACUCAAAACAAUUGCUGCUGAUGGUGGCUGCUGUCAUUUAUAUAAAAGCUGCAACUCAACCGAUGUCACUUCCAAAUUGCCCAACAAAAUGUGGUUCCGUCACCAUUCCCUUUCCAUUUGGAACCACUAAGAAUUGUUCCCUCGACAAUACCUUUCUCAUUAAUUGCAACAAAACAUCUUCAACUCCAACCUCAACACAUGUUCCCUACUUGGAUAAGAGUAAUCAAAAUGUCCUAAAUAUCUCACUCAAUGGUGAAUUGCACGUUGCAUGGCCAGUAGCCAGCGAUUGCUACGCAGAAAAGGGCAGAUUCAUAUACCAAACGCUGCGGGAUAUGAACAUGACACAUUUUUACAUCUCGCCAACUCGAAACAAGUUGACAGCAGUUGGCUGUGACACGAUUGGAGCACUCUCGGCGAUUGAUUCUGGGGGAAACAACUACACCACAGGAUGUGUGGCUUUAUGCAACAGGCUUGAUGAUAUUAUGGCCAGUCAAUCUUGCUCAGGUACUGGUUGUUGCGAGAUUUCAAUACCCCAAGGUCGUGUGUUGAGAGAAGUGGCCUAUACUUCUGCAGGUAUAUUCAACAAUCACUCAGACGUACAUGAUUUCAAUCCCUGUGGUUAUUCUUUUGUGGUUGAAAAUGGAGCCUACAGCUUCGAAUCCACAGACCUCCUUGAGUUAAAGAAGAAGGAGUUUCCUGUGUUGUUCGACUGGGCAGUAGGGAACCAAACAUGCCAGCAUGCUCAGAAUGAUCUUUCCAAUUAUGCAUGUAAGGCCAGCAAAAGUACAUGUUACAAUUCAGCCGAGAGAUCUGGCUACCUUUGUAGAUGUGUGCAUGGAUAUCGGGGAAAUCCUUACCUCAUUCAUGGUUGCCAAGAUAUUAAUGAAUGCAUGGAAUCCAACAAUUGUGUUGAUGGGGCAACAUGCAUCAACUUUCCUGGAAGCUAUCACUGUUUAUGCCCGGAAGGAUAUGAAGGAGACGGGAAAAGUAAUGGAACAAGAUGCAGUUCAAAAUCCAGUACCAAACAAAGGAAAGAGAUUAUAUUGAUCAUUUCAUUGAGUGUCAGCGUAAGCCUCAUAUUACUACUGGUGGGUAGCUUUUAUGCGUAUUGGGCAUUGAAGAAAAGAAAGCUCAUUCGACUUAAAGAACAAUUUUUUCAACAAAACGGUGGCUUACUGUUACAACAACAGAUAGUUAGGCAUGGAGGGUCAACUGAAACAGCUAAAGUGUUCACUGUUGAGGAGCUAAAUGAAGCAACCAAUAACUUUGAUGAAGGUAAGAUCCUAGGCCAAGGUGGUCAGGGAACUGUUUACAAAGGAGUUUUACAAAAUAAAAGAAUUGUAGCAAUAAAAAAGUCCAAAGUCAGUGACCCAAACCAGAUUGAGCCGUUCAUCAAUGAAGUGGUCGUUCUUUCCCAAAUCAACCAUAGAAAUGUGGUAAAGCUCUUGGGUUGUUGUUUAGAGACAGAAGUUCCCUUGCUUGUUUAUGAAUUCAUUUCCAACGGCACUGUUUACGAGCAUCUUCAUGAUCAAAACCAAACUAUAAAACUUACAUGGAAAACCAGAUUAAGAAUAGCAAAAGAAACUGCUGGAGUCCUGGCAUACUUACACUCUGCGGCUUCAACACCAAUCAUACAUAGAGAUGUGAAAUCUACAAAUAUACUCCUAGAUCACAAUCUCACUGCGAAGGUUUCUGACUUUGGAGCUUCAAGGAUUGUUCCUCUUGAUCAUAGUCAGAUAACCACUCUAGUACAAGGGACAUUAGGGUAUCUUGACCCAGAAUACUUCCUCACAAGCCAGUUAACAGAGAAGAGUGAUGUUUAUAGUUUUGGGGUGGUCCUAGCAGAGCUACUGACAGGAAAGAAGGCACUAUCUUUGGGCAGGCCAGAGGUUGAUAGAAACCUUGCCGCGUACUUUGUUUCUUCAAUGAAAGAGGGUCGGUUACUUCAUAUUUUGGACAAAAGUAUAGAUAAUGCUGAUAUUGAGCAACUAAAGGAGGUUGCUCUUAUUGUAGAACGGUGUUUAAGGGUGAAGGGUGAGGACAGACCCACCAUGAAAGAAGUGGCAAUGGAAUUAGAGGGAAUAUUAGUUAGUGAAGAGCGUCGUUGGGGAAGCGACAAUUUAUCUUCAGAAGAGACUGAAAAGUUGCUUAAAACAGCACGGUCCAUUAAAAACGUUGAAGAUGUUGUUGGUGGAAGUGGCAUUAAUUCUUCUGAAUCAUAUAGCUUAAACCAGAUUUCGAUGUCAUUGAUUGGUGGAAGAUGAUUGGUUGAUAUUAGUAUUCAGGAUUAGAUGUGAAUCUAUCUUCAUUAUAAUAGUGUUGUCGUAUAUGUUGUAUUUUCCCCUGUAUUGGUCUAUUGCACAUGAUAUUCAUAUUUGUAUCGAUGUAAAAAUAGGAUUUGCAAUUGAGUUUGUGUUAUGCUUUGGUAGGUUUCUCAAGCAACAUUAGUUCCACCUUUAGAAGCAUAUUAUUUCAGUAAUAUUUAUUUUCAUUCUUAUGUGACAAAUUUCUUCAUAUGAAUAAAUUUAAUGAACUUAACUAA